AUGGGCAAACCAGCACCCACGGAGGCGGCCCCCGCCUAUGAGGAUUUAUUCCACGAGCGAGGCGCAAGCUCUAGCAACGGCACAAACAUGCAGUACGCUGUGGUCGAGCAGUCAGACAUAAUUCCUCACACAGAUGUGGAACAAGGUCAUCGCCAUCAUAGUGAUCCUGUCGAACUGACAUCUACGACAGUCGGCCAAGCAGACCAGCAUACUCACUGUGCUGAGUGUGAUCGGCAGCGGGAGCGAAGGGAAAGGCGAGAGAGUAGUCAAAAAUCAUGUGGCAUGGUUGCCAAGACAUUCAUUCUGAUAGCUCUGUUUUUAAUGAUUCUGGGAAUCGUCAGCGUUCAGGCUUGGAAAGAGGUCCGUAUGAAGAAGAACCAUUAG